AGAAAAGCCAAGCCACCCACGCGAAGAACAAAGAGGAAGCAAAGGUUAAGGCACCCCCCUCAAAAAAACAAACAAACAAAAGAAAGAAAGAGCAGAAUAAGGCGUCUCUCUCUUGGACUGAUUCUUUCCCAUCGCAUCUCUUUUUCUCUCUUUUCCCCUUCUGCUACCUAUAUAUGGAAAUCAACGUCCUAACAUGCCCAUGCCAUGGGGCAAAAAAAGUAGGUCAAAAACCAUCUCCACCAACAAAGAUGAAGCCAUGAGAGAAUUUUGGGUGAUUUUGGGUUAUCUUUCGCCUACUUGUUCUUUCAGUUUAUUUAUCCCUUCCUUCUUUUGAUUGAAUCCUAAUCUUCUCCUAAGUUUGGUAUCUGCUACAAUGGCCGUUCAAGCUCAAUACCCUUCUAAUGUUCUUCUUUUAAACAGAAGUGGACAAGAGGGGAAUGAGUUUCCAUUGCAGCAACAAGCAGGAGGAGUUUUUCUCGAUCAAUCCCAUUCUCAUAUGUUGUUAAACAAUAAUAAUAAUAAUCCACGCAAAAGAGGAAGAGAAGUUGCAGGGGCGGCAAUAACAGCGCCGAUCAAUUCAUAUUCCAUGCAGACUCAACCGCCUCAGCUGAUCGAGCUUUCUCAACUCCACCACCCAAAUGUAGUCUCCACCGGCCUCCGCUUAUCUUUUGGCGAUCAACAACAAAAGUUACAGCAACAUCAAAAUCAGAACCAAAAUCAAAGCUAUCGGCAACAACAACAACAGCAACAAAAUCUUGUUUCAAAUUCCUCUGUUUUUGCAUCCGAUGAUCUGGUCACUCAAAUCAAACGCCAGAGAGACGAAUUAGACCAUUUUCUUCAAGCCCAGGGCGAGGAAUUACGACGUACUUUAGCGGAGAAAAGGCAUAGGCAUUACCGUGCGCUACUAGAGGCAGCGGAGGAAUCGGUAGCGAGGAGGUUUAGAGAAAAAGAAGCGGAAGUGGAGAAAGCAAAGCGCCGGAACGUGGAGUUAGAGGCACGUGCGGCGCAACUUGGCGCGGAGGUACAGGUUUGGCAGGCGAAAGCCAAGGCACAAGAGGUGACGGCGGCUUCGUUACAAGCGCAGCUCCAACAGGCCAUAAUGAACGGAGGAGCUGGUUUGACGCAGCAAGAUAGCAGGAGAGGUGGGGAAGAAUGGCGGAAGUGCGCCGGCGGGGAAUCAGAGGCGCAGGCGGAGGACGCCGAGUCGGCUUACGUGGACCCGGAACGUGUCGUAGCAGCUGCUUCUGGCCCAUGUUGCAAAGCGUGUAGGACACGUGUCGCGGCGGUGGUGCUGCUGCCUUGUCGGCAUCUUUGCUUGUGUACGGAGUGUGACCGAGUGGCUCAAGCUUGCCCGCUUUGCCUCACCCUCAGGAAUUCUAGCGUCGAGGUUUUUCUUUCUUGAAAAUUAAAAAAAAAAAAAAUCUUAAAAUAAUAAAAUUAACGUUUCACUCUUUUUAUUUUUGGUCUAAUAUUAUGGUUGUUUUUAACUUUUAUUUUUUAAUUUUUACUCGAUUCCCCCUCUUGGAGGUAAUGUACAUGGCCACUUGGGCAGUGGCAUCGUUUUUUUAGAUUUUAAUUAAUAAAUAAAAUUCUUUUAUUUGAUAAA